GCACAAGAGAAGAGGAUGCAGGUAACGGCAGUGAGCUACUUACCAAAGUGGAACAGUGUGUGUGUGUGUGUGUGUAUGUAUGUGGUUACGUAUGUGUGUAUGAGUGCGUGUGACGCAAGGAUGCUGCUGCCUAUUCGAUCUGUGACACAGGAAGAGCGUGAGGUGUGACAGGAAGAAUGAAACUCAAAAGAGGCAGAAAAGACGAGGGCUUGUUCGCAUGUGCACUGGCGAAAAGUCUGAAGUCAAGGCGAUGAAACGAGAAGAACGAGCACAGAGGAACGAGUAAAGAUACAUAGCUGGAUACGAUUCCAAGGUUUAAAGCUGUUGAGAAGUUUGUAUCUUGUGGUAGCUACUGCUGUUUCUGAUCUCAUACUUUUUCUUACUGCCCUGUGGAGGUCAUUGGUGAUGCUCCUGGCUUUUCAGAGACAUGGACCAAAGCAGUGACGUGAGAAUCGGCAUCUAAGGAACGUACAGUCCCAUGAGCACGUACGGUAAAUACACUGGGAUGGAGAGGACCUCCCAAAUUCCUUGGCUGGAUGACUGCUACAUGGUUCUGAAAUCCACUCCGAAAUCAGCCACUCGAAGACAGAUGGAGGAUGGUUGGUUGCGUAAGAAUCAGAAAUCGUUGCAGCGUUUUAUCACGGACCCCUUACUGGUGAGCAUCGUGAACCACCUGAGGAAAUCCGAUGAGCUGAGUGCAGAAGGGGUGCGGAUUAUCAAGGAGACGAGAGCCUUGGAGGAUAAAGUCCACGCACUAAAUGAGCUGCUGAUCAGGGCUGAUCCACAGGGCAUCGCCUUCCAAACAUACCUAAAGAACUCGCAUCCGGAUGAGUACAAACUCAUAACCUCGCAUGAUGUGGUUGUUCAACAAAAUAAAGACCUUCUCCUUCAGAAAAUCAGAGAGGAUAAGGAGAUUCCAGCCCCAAAUCAAACCCCUGGCCCUGCUCUGUUACUGGUUGAUGGUGUAUCUGACCUGCAACAGAGAGAGCACGAUCUCAUUCAAGUGUCAGUCAACAGAGGAGUCGGACCUUUGCACAGCCUUCCACUGGGCCUGGAUAAACUCUUCGCACCACUGACGAGGGUUAGCACUGCCCCUCGGGUCACCCUGACAGUAGGCGUGGCCGGCAGUGGGAAAACUCGACUGGUCCGCAAAUUCAUCCAUCAAUGGAGUUCAGGGAAGGUAUUCCCUGAGUUAAGCUUGGCAAUUCCUGUUUCGUGUUGGGAAUUAAACAGUCUUGAUCGUUUGUCCAUCGAACGGUUAAUUCGUUUGAUUGCUCCGUAUGAUAAUGUGGACGUGAUUUUAAACAGCCGUGUCUGUAAAGUUCUGCUGAUCAUUGAUGGGUUGGAAGAAUUCCGCUUCCCUCUGGACUUCUCAGAGGCCCCGUCUACCUCUGACCCACGUCGGGAGCUUCCGGUAUCCGAUCUCAUCACGAACAUCAUCAGGGGCAACCUGUUACCAGGGGCAACACUGUGGCUUUUGUCAAGGCCUGGAGUUGGGGCAAAAGUGCCUGCAGGAUUGGUAGAUCGUGUGACAGAGGUCCCACCUUUUUUGCAAGCUCAGAUUCAGGAUUACUUCCAUAAUGCACACUUUCAAAGGAACUCACAAUCCCAGCAUUCCACCGAGUCAGAUUCCCAAACAUCAGAGGACAAGACUUGCCAAGCAUGGGACCAUCUGAGGUCCCAGAAACCCUUGCUCAUACUUUGUUCGGUACCUUGCAUUUGUCAUAUUGUUACAUCCACUUUGUCCCACCUCAUAGGCAAGAACUUGGAGGAUGUACAUCUCCCACGGACUCUGACAGAGGUAUAUGCCCUCUUCUGUUGGCCGCAAAUCUCUUCCACAGACCCGUCUGGUGGAAGCAUCCGGAAGCCGCUGGCCACUCUCGGACGUUUAGCUUUUUACAGUAUUCUGCGCCAACGUUACACAUUCACUGAAAGUGACUUACGAACUUACGGUGUUGACAUUCCACCACCACCAGGAUCUCUGGGACAUCGGAUCCUUCAGCGUGAGCAGAGCUGGUCCUCCGAAUCGGUGGCUUGGCGUUUCGUACACACUUCGUUGCAGGAGUUUCUUGGUGCCCUCUUUUACUACACCUCUGCCCGGCGUGGAAUGUUUGAUCUGUUCUCUGAGAGCAGUGUUUCCUGGCCGCGAAUUGGCUUCCAAAACCACUAUCGUGCUGCGCUCCAGAAAACCGGUGCCUCAACCAACGGAAAACUGGACCUUUUUAUGCGCUUCCUCUCUGGCCUGUUGUCCUCAGCGGCUGGGACUCUGCUGGGCAGCGCAUUGGGGGUCAGCAGAGAAGAGCUAGUGACCCAGCGAACGAUGGCCAUGUCUCUGCUUCAAAACACUGUGGCGGGAUCAGGCAGCGAGGCGGUUAGCAUGCACAGCGUAGCUACAGUCGCCUGCCUGGCAGAGCUACAGCAGGGGGAGUGGAUACGAUCUGUAGAGGAGGAUCUGAUUGGCUGCAGACUACAGGGGAAGCUGAAGGGAGGGGUUAGCGCGGUGCUGGCGUACCUAUUGCAAGUCUCCGACUCGUGUACCAAUGAGACGCAGCUCUCCAACUGCCUGGACUCGGGCUCUCUCAAGCAACUUUUACCACAGCUCCUUUACUGCACCAAGCUGAGGAUGGAAAACAAUAAAUUUAAGGACGAUGCGAUGGAGCUCCUGGGAAGUCUGCUAAGCGCCAAAGACUGCCAUAUUCAAUCUCUAAGCAUGGCGGAUAGCUCUAUAAGCAAUAAGGGGAUCAAGCCACUGAGCCGAGCUCUUAUGGUCAAUCGGACGCUCACUGUACUGGAUCUCCAUGGCAACAACAUUGGCAGCAAAGGGGCAAAGUCGUUGGCCGAGGCGCUGAAGAUGAACCAGGUGAUCGUUUCAGUCAAUCUUCAAAGUAACCAGAUAGAAAACGAGGGAGCUCACGCCCUGGCCGAAGUUUUGCAGUCGAACAGGAAACUCACCACACUAAAUGUUCAGAAGAACAGUAUCGGACCGGAGGGGGUGAAGAGGAUUGCGGAAGCGCUCAAAAAGAAUCACAUAUUGCAAGACCUCAAUGUAUCUGGCAAUCACUUGGGGGAUCUGGGUGCACUCGCGUUGGCUCAGGCACUCGCGGUUAACCAUACUCUCCAGAUUCUCAGCCUCCGUAGUAACUCUGUUAGUGACAAGGGCAUGAGGGCUCUGACUCAGGCCCUGCGCUACAACAAAGGCCUAAUUAAACUCAACCUCAGGGAGAACUCCAUCGGAGUUGAAAGUGCUCCAGCCAUUGCCCGAGCUUUACAAGAGAACCAGACGCUCAGGAAACUCGAUCUUACAGCGAACCUUCUUUACGAUGAAGGUGUGACAGCCAUUGCAGCAGCAGUGAAAGUCAACAGAGCUCUUACUUCUUUGCAUCUCCAGUGGAACUUCAUGAAGGCCGGUGCAGCAAAAGCUCUUGCUCAGUCCCUAGAGAGCAACAGGUCCAUCCAGCUCCUGGAUCUCCAAGAAAAUGCUCUGGGUGAUGAUGGUGUGGUCUCACUGGCAGACUCUCUAAAGGUUAACUCCUCUCUAAAGGUGCUCUACCUCCAGGGUGUAUCAGCAGGUCAAGAAGGUGCCAUCGCUCUGGCUGAAGCUCUGAAGGUCAACCAGAGUCUCCACACCCUCGAUCUCCGAGGCAACUCCAUCGGCAAAGACGGGGCCAAGGCUCUCUCCAUCGCGCUGAAGACCAAUCAGAGUUUGAGAAGUUUGAAUCUGCAGGAGAACUCUUUGGGAAUGGACGGAGCCAUCUUCAUCGGCAACGCGCUCAAAGGAAACCAUAACCUCACUUAUAUAAAUCUAAAGGACAACGGAAUCGGCGAGUCGGGGGCGAAGGUCGUUUCGGAUGCUAUACGAACCGACGCGCUUGAAUGUGUGGUGGACAUCUGAGGAACAAACGCACGCAAGAAGCGAACUGUAUAUAUCAACAGUUUAUUUAAC